AUGGGCAGCUCUAAUAAGGCUAGGCGGCCUCGGAAACGGCAGACCACCUUGUCAUUUGCUCCUGUUGCUUCGUCGCCUGCAUCUGAACGAAGCCCUGUUCGUCUACGAUAUCAGAGCCCUCACUCGAAAAAGCCAUCACUUGCAGAAGAAAAACCAGCUACUACCGCUCAGACGAAACCAAAGCAACCGUCUAUAUUUGUCUCGUCUGAUGAAGAACUUAUUGGGGCCUCUUCUGGUAUCAAACCGAUAAUGAUGAAACGAGCAAUUUCGGAUGUUGAUGCACCUAGCUCUGGGGAGAGUGAUGAUGUUAUCUCUACUUCACCUGUGAAACGUAGAAGAACAACCGUACAGGUUGUUAUUCCUCAAGCACCAGACGUUAGUGACCAGGUCAAAAUAAAACAUGAUUCCGAUUCUGAUUCCGAUAUCAUUCGCUCAUCCCCUAUACGGCAACGGAGAAAGAUUUUCAAGAGCCGGGCUAAAAGAGAGUCUCAUGAAGGAGGGUUAGAAAACAGUAAAUCUGCAUGGAGGGGUAACAGCAAGUCAAGGCAGCAUAAAAUUGAUUUGGAGGAAGACCUUGAAGAACUUCGAGAUUCUGAUAUAAUUGAAGGUCGGACAAGGGGUACACCGACCAUGUCAGCUGCUAAGGCAAAGCGCCAACAGCAGCUAGAUCUCCUUAAACGUCGGCGUGCGGGAGACAAAAAGUCCAAGUUGGUAGACGCCUUGGUCAGAGAUGGUGACGAGGGAGGAAAACCUACCCCAGAUAACAGUUCUGAUAUCUCAGAUGGAUCGAAGGGCACUGAGAGUUUUGAAGACUCUUCUUCAGCAGAUGCUUCACAACCAGACGUUGAUAGUGAUGCUGAGCCUUCUCUUCCUGAGGACCUUGACAAAUACGAUGCCGAUUUUGUUCUGGAUGAUGACGAUGAUGAAUUAGGUGUGCCAGCAGACGAAAUUGAAGUUCCGUUUGAAUUUACCAGACAUCGAUAUAAGAGGCUCAAAGACCAUUUUAAGGACGUAAUUGAAUGGAUGGUGCACAACAAAAUCAACCCAGCGUUCCGCCGGGAUGAUGCCGUCUAUGAAAUGGCAUUUAGAAAAGUGAAAGAUGAAGUAACAGGAUUGGCUGGCUCCCAGUUCGUAUCUUCUGUCUGGAAUAAGGGAUUCUUAGGUGCCCUCAAAGCUAGGCCACGGAUAGUAGUACUUCCCUACCCCAUUACAGAAGGCCAUCCAUGCGAUGCAUGCAACAGAUCGAAGCAUCCAGCUUCACACUGCAAGUCAAAAGCAUCCAUGGCCCAUACUCUAAUGCAUUGGCGCUAUCAUCUUAACGAAUGGGUAAUUGGCUAUUUAGAAAGAAUAGGCAUCUUGGAGGAUAGUGAAAUCCUAAAACGAGAACACUGGAUCCAGAAAAAACGUACAAAAUAUGCUAACGAGGUUGUUGAUACCAUGGGAGAGGCUGGAGAGAUAGAUCGAUUAUGGAGAGACUUCAAUCUCAACCUCAAGACUGCACGGGCUUCAACACUCAUCCCUCCUAUAGUGCCAAUUACCCAUAGAAAAGAACGUUAUAAUCAAACUCUAGAACAGAGUAACGAAGCAAAGGCUUAA